UGGGCUUACUGAGUCAAGUGGGUUCAAAACCCAAAUAAAUAAUAGCAACAGUGAUGCAAAUUUAAAGCUGAAAGGAAAGAAAAAAUGGAGCAAAAAAACCCACUGUCGGCAGCAACCUCAGAGAAAGAGAUUUUUUGAUCUUGUGAGGAGAUAUGCACAUAAGGGUGCUUCAACAAGUAAAGCAGCUCCAAAGCAUGCCCUGCUGAGAACAGCAACUGUAGAAGCCUCAAUAUCGUCAUUUACUGAGAAUGGGAAUGUUGGAGGAAGAAGAAUUUUUAAUGAAGCUGAAGCAACAGUACAAUUGGGGCAUGGAGUAUAAUGGUAUAGAAGAGGAAGUUCUUAGAAAAAUAAUGGAACUAGAAAAAAAGGAUAAGGAGAAGCUUGGGGGGAGGGGGGAAAUAGGGCUACUGCAUAGGGUGUUUGUGGAGGUGGGAUUUCAUUGGAGUCUAAUAAUGUUUCCUAUGAAGAUAUUGAUUUGGAAUAUUAGAGGAAUUGGAAGGGAAGAGAAGAGGGGUAAGAUUCGGAAGUUGGUGAAUGACAGAAAUAUAGAUAUAGUGUUGAUUCAAGAAACAAAGAAAGCUGUUAUUACAAACAGAGAAGUCAGAGAAAUGUGGGUGAGGACUAGAAUGGAGUUCAUGUCUGUGGAUUCUGAAGGUACAGCUGGAGGUUUGUUAUGCAUAUGGGACCAGAGGUAUUUCAACUUGGUGCUUGCUGUAGUAGCAGACGGUUCAUACUCUUAUCAGAGGUAUCCCGAUGUUGCUAAAUUUCGGCGUAUGCUGUUGCAAUUCUUUGAAGAUCUAGACAUACUAUUCUCAAUUGGAGCUGCUACAGGAGAAUGGGCAUACGCCCCUAGCUCAGGGGUUAUGCCUAACAUUGAUGAGACUAGGGAGGAAUUUCAUACCCCACAUGAUGUUGAAUUUGAUCAUGAUGUUGAUUUGAAGGUGGUUCAUCCUUCUAAUUUAAACAACAAAAUCCAUCAAACAUUGAUGGUUCAUCAAACAAGGGCAAGACAAAAAAAAAAAGUUUCUGGUGUAAUUCUACUUAACAAGACACUUGAUCAUAUAGUUAAUGUGGUUGAGUCAUCUUCAGCAACUUCAACACAAACCUUAGCAAGAUAUCCUUCAAUUACAGAAUGUUUGGCGAAGCUAGAAAGCAUCCCUGGUGUGUCCCCAGAUGAUGACAUGUAUGUAUGGGCUACUAGAUUGUUCUUAAGAGACAAGCGUAGUGAGUGCUUCAUGCCACUUCCUAUAGAUGAAGUUUGGCUGAGGUUUUUGAAGUUGGAGAUUGAGAUAGAGAAGACCAGCAGAGGUUGUCGCGGCUAAUAUUAUUUUUUGAUGUAUG